UUAAACUGCCAGUUUUCAGUGCCAGGGGAUAUUAAAUUGUACUGCAUACUUGAAAUGACCCACUACACCAAGUACAGCUAUUGCUUAAUGUAAAUAAUAGAUAAUAGCAUUUAUGUGGCCUUUAAAGAUGAUGCUUUCACAAAAUAAAGUUGAUGAUGUUGUCUUCUUAGAUGCAAUGUUUUCUUUCAUACAGUGGAUUAAUUUGGUUUCCAUGUUUUCUCAGCAUGCCAGCUAAACUCAUCAAUGGAGGCAUUGCUGGACUGAUUGGCGUCACUUGCGUGUUUCCAAUUGAUUUGGCUAAAACACGCCUCCAAAACCAGCAAAAUGGAUCUCGCAUCUACAGUAGCAUGUCUGACUGUCUCAUAAAAACCAUCCGAUCAGAGGGGUUCUUUGGAAUGUACAGAGGGGCUGCGGUCAAUCUGACGCUGGUAACUCCAGAAAAGGCCAUUAAACUGGCCGCCAAUGAUUUCUUUAGACAACAGCUCUCCAAGGAUGGACAGAAGCUGACGCUGGUUAGAGAAAUGUUAGCUGGCUGUGGAGCGGGCACCUGUCAAGUGAUUGUAACCACUCCGAUGGAGAUGCUAAAGAUCCAAUUGCAGGAUGCUGGCAGAAUAGAGGCCCAGAGGAAGCUGACUGACCAGCAGUGUGGAGGAGGUGAAGCCAAAGUGAGGUUUGUUCAGGUGAAGUCUCCCACUGCCCUGCAGCUCUCUAAAGAUCUGCUUAAGGACAAAGGCAUCGCUGGUCUUUACAAGGGAUUGGGGGCCACUCUAUUAAGAGAUGUGCCCUUUUCCAUCAUCUACUUCCCACUGUUUGCUAACCUGAACAGCCUGGGCAGGAGGAAUGAUUACAGCUCGGCUCCGUUUUACAUCUCCUUUCUCUCUGGCUGUCUUGCAGGCUGCACUGCAGCUGUUGCUGUUAACCCUGUGGAUGUGAUAAAAACCAGGCUUCAGUCUUUGGCUCGUCGAAGUCAGGAGGACACUUACAGUGGAGUUAAAGACUGUAUCAGUAAGAUUCUCCACAAUGAGGGUCCAUCUGCAUUCCUGAAGGGGGCGUACUGUCGUGCAUUGGUCAUUGCUCCCCUUUUUGGCAUCGCUCAGGUGGUUUACUUCCUGGGAGUUGGUGAAUUUGUUCUCAGCCUCCUGCCUGGACAAAAUCACUGAAUCUAUACUGACACUGGAAGUACUGAUCUUGGAACAGCUAUUUGUAUUCAAACUGUAGCAAUAAUAAUUAGAUGAUAUGUUUUAGAUCUGCUUUGAAGACCAUUUCCAUCAGAGGUGUAAAAAGUAAAAAAUAAAUCAUACUCUAGUAAACUUAUUGUUACUGUGUCAAAAUCUUAUUAUAAGUAUCAUGCCAAAACAUAUUAGAGUGAAAGUACACUGAAAAAAAAAGGGAUAGUUCACCCAAAAAUGAAAAGUCAGUCAUCAUUUACUCACCCUCAUGCCAUCCCACAUGUACAGUAAAUGACUUUAUUUCUUCUGCUGAACAGAAACAAAGAUUUUUAGAAGAAUAUCUCAGCUCUGUAGGUCCAUACAAUGCAAGUGAAUGGUGACCAAAAUUUUCAAGCUCCAGAAUAUACAUAAAGGCAGCAUAAAAGUAAAAGUAUAAAAGUAAAAAAAAAAAAAAAUGUAAAUCUUCAUUUGUGUUCAGCAGAAUAAAGAAAGUCAUACACAUCUGAGAUGGCAUGAGGGUGAGUAAAUGAUAAGAUAAUUUUCAUUUUUGGAUGAACUAUACUUUUGACCUACAAAACUGCUUCAUGUGGUACCACCUAAAUUAAAUGGUUUUAUUCAAGUCAAAAAUAUUUUUUAACAUCACUCAAUCAAACUGAAUACAUUGUACAUUUGAAAUUCAUCUGAUUCAUCUGACAUUUGAAUAUAAUUGUUUGUAGACUGAUGAGCAACUGUGUUUGUUUACUCGAGUCAAGUUUGUCCAUUUACAGCGAUGGCUAUAAUUAAAACAUAUUGUUUUAGGUCAAAGACUGUGUUGUAGUGACAAUCAGAUUUCUCUUUACAGGAUGAAUGACUAUAGUUGACCUUGAAAUUUUACACGAA